UAUCGUUUCCGUUUCGUCAAUCGUGACUCGCACUACGUUAUACGGUGACUCGAGCAUGCGUUUAUUCGUUUCCGAGGAUGUCUCGUAGCGCAGUGUGAUUCUUUUUGAGUUUUCAUUGCCAGAUCAUUGCGGAACGUAAUACCCCGAGCGAGCGUCUUACAGAUUAGAUUGGUCUCUUUGUUGAGCGAAAUGGAAUCUAUGGACGCGCGUCUCGUGGCGCAAGCGUUAAACUACCAUGGUCAGCAGUUGCAGAAAGUAUGGGAAGGAGAACGCAACGAAAACGAAUUGGUCAUGCUCAAUCUCAAGGAUCCUAGCUUUGAAAUAUAUCAACAGCGCCAAAAGACACUCAGCUUUGGAGACAGAGGCAAACGUCUGAAGCUUCAACAAUUCCUUGCUAAAAAAGCUGAUGCCUUGUAUGAUAAAGCAAACUUGGAGAAAUCUACCGAAUGCAUUAAACAAGAACUUGGAGAUGAAGAAUUUUAUGCUACAGUACCAGCACUUGAUACUUUUGUUACCAUGGAAAAAUCUCAGCGCAUUCGCAAUUUUUUGGAGAGUUUAGUAAUCGGGGAUGUCAUUUACGCGCAAGUAAUGGGUAAAAGCGCUGCAGGUCUGCUUCUGAAGGUGCUUUGCAAUUGCAGUGACUGUCCCAGAGUUGUUACUGAAUUAGGAGUUAAGGCACUGAUAUUAAAUACGGCUACUGUGCCGGCGGUGGACAAGAAAGGUGUAACAAGGGGCUACAUGGCAAAUGAUCUCGUCUGCGUCGUAGUCAGUGAAGUUAACGUUGAAGCCGAGCGUGUUGUUGCAGUUAUGAACAUAUCUGCUCGAGAAGGGCAAGCGCCGCACCCACCUAUGGGACUUAUUCAUUCCGAUGAUCUUCCGGAAGCUUAUAAGAAAGCGAUGGACAACAAAGGCCAGACUUAUGAAACGCUGUUGGAGAAUAGUACUGGCUUCAACAAUCCGAACAACAUAAAAUAUCUGUGCGACUUGAUCGGCCUCGGACAAGAGAAUCAUUCUAAUAUGGUUGGAUUGAGAGAAAGAUUUCCACCGAAUGAAUACGCCUCCGAAUUACGACAAGCACAAGCAAGCAAAUGGGCGUUCCGAAGCGUUGCUGAGGGUAUAGAUCAUUUCAAGGCCGGUCGUCAUUCCGAAGCUUUCCAGUGUCUCAACAAAGCACUCACUGUCGAUCCUCGGAAUGUUGAAGGCUUAGUCGCUCGAGGAGCAUUAUAUGCAAAUAGCGGAAGCUUCAAGAAAGCGAUUGACGACUUUGAAACAGCCUUGAAAUUAAAUCAAACACAUGCAAAUGCUCGUAAGUAUAUGGCGGAAACGUUGGUGGCACUCGGUCGUAGUUACGAGGACGAGAAGAAAUACGAAGACGCUCAAAAGGCAUAUGAGAAUUGCUUGGCAAUCGCACCGUAUCAUGAGGAAGCGCGAAAUUCCAUCGAGUACAUAAAGUCUAAGACUCUUACAGCAUCACUGAAUCCUUUGGAUACCUUUAAGGAUACCUUCGAAGCCGAAAAUGACGUUGUAGAGAACAAGAAAGAUAAAAAGAAACGCAAGAAAGAGCGAAAAUCUAGAUCAAAAAAGAGACAGAGAUGGAGUUCCAGCUCAAGUUCUUCAUCCAGCGGUUCUUCGAGUUCUUCAAGUUCGGACUCGAGCAGCACGUCGUCAUCCGGAAGCUCUCGUUCGGCGUCCCGUUCACCGAACCGUAAGCGUAAACACAAGAAAGAUCAUCGCAGUUCACUUUCACCGCUUAGCAAGCGUAUGGCUCAAUAUAAUAAUCCUCCGGCUGCAGCUGCUACUACUCAUGAUACUAUCGCACCAGCCUCUUAUACUACAAAUACGCGCGAAAAAGUUGAUGAUUAUGAAACUAAAGUACGCAAGUUUCUUGAGCAAACCAAGGACGAUUCCGAUUACGAAGAUAAGGUGAGAAAAUUCUUGGAAGAAACAGCGAGAUGGAAAAGAGAAAAAGAAAAGAAGCAUUCUGAGAGCGAAAAGAUGAAGAAAAAGAAGAAGAAAGAGAAAAAAGGAAAAGACAAAGACAAGGAGGAUAAGAAGAGUCGGAAGAAAAAGAAGAAGGAAGAACGAAAAAAGCGUAAAAAUAAGGAUAAACUUGAACGAGAUUUAGAAGCGUUGAAAAAGUCAUCUUUGCCAGAUUUGGAACAAUUAGAGUCCAAACUUAAUGCUUAUUAUGCGAAGGUUGAGAAAGAUUGUGCGGCGAUAAAAAGGUAUGUAGCACAGUAUAAUGACAUACCUUCCCCUCUUAGCAACGCGGAGAAGCUCGCUGAGAGUUCACGGAGGGAGGAAGAGCUGCGCAGAGAGAGGGAAAGAGAGAGAGACGAAGCUUCAAAGGCGUAUCAUGAGCGAGAAUCCAGAGUGCCGAUGACUGCACAACAGAGGAAAGAAAUACAGAGAAAGCCACUAACAGACAUAUUUGAACAAGAGUCUCAGUUAAUUCAUCCAGAACCGAAGCUGCCUACGUUAGACACCGCUGCAUUGAACGCAAAAUGGAAAGCUGCACAAGCUGCUAGACAAAAGGACGUUCCUCCGCAAAAAUGGCAAGAUAUUCCACCGGAAAAUAAGAAGAUGCAAUCUAAUGUUUUUGUGGAUAGCGAUGAGGAUGACGAUAACGAAAUGGAAGAAAGAAUCCAACGCGCGGCUCUCGAAAAGUCCUUAAAUAUACGGAAGCAGAUGCAACGUGAACUUGCUGAGAAAAGGGCGCCGCCGCCGCAGCCUGCACCAACGCCUCCGCCGCCAUUGCCGAAAGAGCCUCCAAUGCCAAAGCAAGCGCCUGUCAAGUAUCCUACGCCGCAACCGCAGAACAAAUUCCAAUCAUACAAAGAUCCCGUUAUGUCCAUCUCGCAAACGACACCAACUAAAUUCGGUUCUAGCAACAAUUUGGGAGGCAAGUUUCAGCCAAUCGGUCAAAACAGCGGAGGCGGGCAUCCGCCCGAACCACCGCGUCCUCCGCCACCAGCGAAGCAGAAUCAAGCCAAAGGGCCGAGAACCGAUUCCGAUAGCGAGGCCGAGCGAGGUCAACAUCGACAGACUCCUAAGAAACGUGAAUCGAGCGGCAGAGGCGGCGUGAGUAAGCGUAUGAGUAGAGAUCGUCCAACGAAACGAUCGCGCAGUCGAUCUCGCAGCGCAUCCAGCUCAGGUUCAUCAAGAUCUCGAUCGCCGAGGCGAAGCCGUUCACGAUCAUACUCGAAUCGACGAUCAGGCAGUUAUGAGAGAAAGUACAGCAGAUCUCCCUCGGGCACGUACAGCAGAUCGCGAUCACGAUCACGAACUAGAUCGUACACGAGAAGUCGUAGCCGCAGUAGGUCAGGUGACCGAGGUUACUACCGCAAGAGACAAUUUCGGCCGUACAACAAUCGCGGCACGUAUUACAAGCCGCGCUUCCAAGGCUUCAACAAUCCGAAUCACCGCGGCGGCGGUAACAAUUUUCAAAACCGGAAUCGUUUUUACAAUAAUCAGCACAACAAUCGUUUUGGCAAUCGUCGCGGUGGUGGCUUUAAUAAUCGUGGCGGCCGUGGCGGACGUGGCAACCGUGGUGGCAGAUUCUUCCACAACAAACAAAAUUUCCGCGACUUCCGCGAUAGGCGGGACUUUAGGGAUCGCCGUGCAUCAUCGCGCGAUCGAUACAGCGAUCGCAGUUACUCGCCCGAUCCGAUGAGGAAGGUGGACGAAGCGAAGGAGAAAAUCAACAAGAUGCUCGAGGGUGGCGACGACGUCGAACAUCAGCAGGGUGGAAGCGGUAACUCGACCAUACCACCUAAUAAGAGGCAAGCCGGACCCUUGAGCGAAGGAGAGGAGAGGGACGAUGAUGACUAUGAGAGGUGGGGAGAGGGAGAGGGGGGCGACGCAGCUAACACCAAGAAUGAAGGGGUUGAACCUGUCGACGGUAACCUGGAAGGCAAGGAGUACUUCAUUGAGCGCAUGAAACAGCGAAGCAAGAACGUUUUAAUGCAGAGAGCCAUUGCAGCAAAGAUUUGGUAGAUAUUGCCGCCGCCGUCGCUGCUUCUCUGUGAUAUAAUCGCUUUCUUCAAGUCGCUCUUAGUUAAUUAGGUAGUCGACCAAUUGACACGAAGCAUAUUGGGACACUUUCCUAGUUUUAAUAACAAUCACUCUAUCUCUUUUGUUAUCACAAAUUGUCAUAAUCGUAUCUUUGACAAACUCAAUAAUUCCAUUUUUUUAAAUGUGUUAUUUUAAUUUUGUUCCAAGUUUGAACGCGAAUUAGAUUUAAAAAACUUAAAUCUAACCUACAUAAUUAAUCGAAUCAAUGUAAUCAAUUAUAACUACUAUACAGGUAAUUUUCAUAAAUGGAGUUUUAUCGAUACUUUAGGAAAUAUAAUUUUUUCUGAUAAUUUUAUGGAUUUUAAAAAUAAGUUUAUUUCAACAUGAAUCAAGAGAAAUUUCUUUUAUAUUUAUCCAAUAUAUUACUAUUUACUUUGUGUAGCAUAAUAAUAAUAAUUAGAUUUUUCGUUAUCAAAAAAUUCAUUAAUAUGCAAUAAUUAAUGUAUAAAAUAAUUAAUGUAAAAACAUAACAUCACUGGCGAGUGGCUUUUCAUUAUCAUUCAUUUUUCGUUAUCAGAAACGGAAGUCAGUUUUCAUUUAAUUAUUAUCUAAUGGCGUAUUUAUUUUGUACGAUAGGAAGAAAACAUUUGUAGUUACAUUCAAACAGGCACGAUUAAUCAAAGUGAAAGACCAUAAUUUCUAUUUUGAGAAUUUCUCAAAUCUAACGUGUCACUAUUAGCUUGUAUAUUCGAAUAUGCCUAACAAUAAAACUUCCGUUUCGCUUGAUCCUAAUUAUAAGAAUGAAAUUACACAGCAACAUAAUAGUAUCCCCAAAUUGAACAUCUUUCAUUCCCAAUAGCGGAAAAAAACGAUUAUACGUUAUUAAUCUCUUUUACGAUUGCUAGUUUAAGCUAUAAUAUAUGAGUAAUUUUUAAGUAAGAUAAUACUUAUAUGUUAUAUGUAAACCGAGUUGCUGUACAAUUGAAAAAAAAUCCACAAAUAUAUAACGCAAAACCAUCGCAA